CGUCACGUUUCAUAAGUCGUUACAAUCCGAGCAGAAGCGAUCAGAUCGAGGCGGUUAAUUCGCUCUGAGGGGAUUCAGGCUUCAGCCAUACUGUCUGUCUGCUGUCAACUGUUGCUGAUUUCCACUGUAAAUGAAUCUUAUAAGGUUUAUGAACAACCGCGUUCCUCCUAACAAGAGAUACCAGCCCACAGAAUAUGAGCAUGCUGCCAACUGUGCCACGCAUGCGUUAUGGAUAAUCCCCAGCCUGCUGGGCAGCUCAGUGUUGCACUUCCAGUCAGAGGACCAAUGGGAGCGGCUGUCGGCCUGGGUGUACGGGGCGGGGCUCAGCUCGCUCUUCAUCAUCUCCACCCUGUUCCACACUGUGGCCUGGAAGAAGAGCCACCUACGGUCUGUGGAGCACUGUUUCCACAUGUGUGACAGGAUGGUGAUCUAUUUCUUCAUUGCGGCCUCCUACGCCCCCUGGCUGAACCUGCGGGAGCUGGGUCCCUGGGGGUGCCACAUGCGCUGGCUGGUGUGGGUCAUGGCCUCUUUCGGAACCACCUACGUCUUCUUCUUCCAUGAGAGGUAUAAGCUCACAGAGCUGAUCUGCUAUACAGUGAUGGGAGUUUUUCCUGCCUUGGUCAUCCUCUCCAUGCCCGAGCAGUCGGGGUUGUGUGAGCUGCUGAUGGGCGGAGCCUGCUACUGUCUGGGGAUGGUCUUUUUUAAAAGUGAUGGCAUCGUUCCAUUUGCUCACGCCAUUUGGCACCUGUUUGUAGCAAUGGGAGCAGCCAUACACUACUACGCCAUCUGGAAGUACCUCUAUGCCCAACCGUCCGGUCAGGUCCAGACCUCCAGAUGACAGCAACGCUGACCUCACAGGAAGUAGCUCUUGGGUUUGAGCAACUUCACGGGGAUGAUGUAAGCUGUGUCCCAAUUCAGUGGCUGGCUCCUUUGUAAAGCAAGUGGGCUGAAUCUCCUCCCCAAAUAAGACGGAGUAGAUCACAAAAAACAAACUAACAGUGCAUUGAGGUGAUCCUCGUCAACUUGUAAAGUUAAAAAUAUCGGUGUUCGUCCCAGGAAGUUGCAUUAAAGUGGCCAGCAAAGUUGUAAUGGGUCUACAGUCAUACUAGCUGCUCUGUGAGACUGUACUCAUGCACAGUGGUGCUUUGAGCUAAAUGCUAAAGUCAGCAUGCUAACAUGCUUACAAUGACAAGGUUAACACGCUGAUUAAAGAAGGAGGUAUAAUGUUUACCAUGUUCACCAUGUUAGUUUGGUGUAUUAGCAUAUUUUUAUUUCUUAAUUGACACUGAAUACAAAGUAGGCAGAUGGUUCUUCUAAAAUUAUUUGGAGUUACAUUGUUGGUUAGUGCGAACAAUAUCGCCGCAAAAGUAAAUGUUAAAGCCAAGCCAACAUACUUCCAGCGGGUCAUAACAUAGGAUUGAGAGGGUUUACUUUUAUAUGAGGUAUUGCAGGAACGUUUUUGCAUUGUAAUUUCCACAAUGUUAUAUGUCACUGCAGUGUCACAUGUAACACUGUAGCAACCUACUGAGUGAAAUUUCAGAUUGUCAUCAUUAGUACGUCAUUGUAAGCGGUACAUUGUCCCAAUGUUUCUGCCACUUGGUAGAGAUGUUGUGAUGUCACUUUAAAUUUCACCAGGAUGUCUCAUGAAGCGUCCUUACAAACACAGAGUUGUUGCAGGAACAUCUCUGCAACAUAACUAUGUUACCAUUUUUAAGUAAAAUGAUGCAGUGAUAUCAUUAUAACUUCAUAAAGGAAUUCACUCCACAACUGCAACAUUGCGGGGACAUACUGGAAAGAUUUCAGUUAAAUUUGUACCUGAUGGUGGCACUAGUGGUUUGGAGAUCACCAAAGUCAUACAGUACAUCUUCUAGGGGACUGUUAAAGUCCAUGUUGUAGAUUUCACUCAUUCAAGAGUGGCACAAGAAAAGACGCGAAAAGACUACCAAAGUCAUUGGGAUUUAUUCUCUGGAGAUCAUGAACGUUUGUACUAAAAUCCAUCCAACAGUUUGUGAGAUGUUUCAGUCUGGAGCAGAGUAGUGGAUCAUCUUACCUACUGACAUUUACGUCACUAAAGGAAGGCUGCCAGCAUGAAAAAAGGAUCAGUAGUCAAACUCAAGCAGGUUUAAUGGGUUUACGGCACCAGUUGUGAUGUUUCACCACAACACAUGAUGGACAACUGCAAAUAGUGUACUAAAGAAAUGUUAAAUGUAUGCAUACUACCUCAGUUUAUCUUAAUCAAUUCCUGGCUGCCAUUAUUUACACUAUGAGCUGACUAGGACACCUGAAUGCACUGUUAAGCAAUUUUCCAGCAUGCAAUAGAUUGUAGGAUCCUGUGGUGGAUACUGGAAAUGAUUCAUGUGUUGUUUUUGCCAAAUACUAUGUCAUAAAAAGUAGGCUAUGUUCGGAGGCGACUUUGCAUUAAGGCUCAGCCUGUUGUGAAAACUUCAAAGGAAGCAGCCGUGAACUAGGACACUGCUUAUGUUUUUAUUUUUACCGAUCCAGUUUAGUCCAAUGUUAAGUUAUUUCUGCAGGAACUUUGGUUUCAUUCCAACAAUCAGGGGUUAAAUUACUAUUCUUGGAGGUUUCUCUCUAUGUGGUGCACAUCCGGAUUCAGUGUUCAGAAGCUGAAUUGAAGACAUUGUCUUAUUGUCAAGAGGAGGACAAUGUUUACAAUUAGCUGACUAUCAUAAUUACUUUUAGAACAUUAUUUAAAGUAUUAUUAUCAUCAUUAACAGAAGGUUUUGGUUUGAUUAUAUUUAGGAGGUUAAGGCAUCAGUAAUUUACUAUUUCAAUUCAGAACGUUAGAUAGUAUUAUUACUGU